AUGUUUCUGUUAUAAUAGCAUGGUAUAAGUGUGUAAAUAAGAACGAACAGAAUAUCGACAAAUCAUUAAUUUGUAGUAAAGAGUGAGAGCGUUAAGUAUUGUAAUCCGGCUGAGCUCCUCCUCCCGGCCAUGCCCUCUAAUUAACGGGGCUCCUUUCCUGCUAAAGUCUGCAUCGGACUGCAACAUAGUCAAAGAGCAAGAGGGAGAGAGAAAGAGAGAGAGUGGGGAGGGAGAGAGAGGAAAGUGCCACUGGAUGUAAUUGAUUAUCUUGCUAUCAAGAAUAACUUGUUAGUAAUAGUCAAUUCUGGCUGAUUUUGAGGCUGACUGUUUCCACUGAAGCAUCAGAGAUUGUCAGGCUGCUUCGCACUGAAGCACAACCGUUAUCCAGGUGCUGAGGACAGCAGACGAGGAUUUUUAAAGAAAGACUUAAAGUUUUCCAGCCCUGCGGCAAAAGCAACAACAUGCUGCUGAUCGACUAGCCUGUAUCUAAUUCCACGGAUUUGGGCAUUUCUUCUCAUUCAAGUUGCUCUGUGUUUAUCAAUAGUUUUUAUAAACUGAGCUCUUCUGCUUUUGUGAAUUCGAAAAGAAAGAAGAAAAAAGGAAAAAAAAUCCAAAACUCUAGAAUAUUCUCAAAACAAGCUAAAAAGACAAAUAAUGACCUCCAAAGAAGACGCAAAAGGCGCCUCUGUUGAGGAUCGGAGGCGCAGUCCGUUGGACCAUCUUCCUCCACCUGCUAACUCAAACAAGCCCCUCACUCCGUUCAGCAUAGAGGAUAUUUUAAACAAACCUUCUGUCAAACGAAGUUACACCAUUUGCGGCACGGCGCACCUGCUUUCCUCCGGUGAGAAGCACUCAUCCACGGGCCAUCCCCUCUCCAACCGCGCGCUGCUCUCCCAGACAUCUCCACUGUGCGCCCUGGAGGAACUCGCCAGCAAAACCUUCAAGGGACUGGAAGUCAGUGUUCUACAAGCGGCAGAAGGAAGAGACGGCAUGACCCUCUUCGGUCAGAGGAAUACCCCUAAAAAGCGGAGAAAGUCGAGAACAGCUUUUACCAAUCACCAAAUUUACGAACUGGAGAAAAGAUUUCUCUAUCAGAAAUAUCUGUCUCCCGCUGAUCGGGAUCAGAUCGCUCAGCAACUCGGGCUCACGAAUGCUCAAGUCAUCACCUGGUUCCAGAACCGUCGAGCCAAGCUCAAAAGAGACCUGGAGGAGAUGAAAGCGGACGUGGAGUCGGCCAAAUCAGUAGGUUCUGUACCUUUUGAGAAAAUCGCCAAACUGGCAGAGCUAGAAAAAAGCGUCAAUGGCACUCUCGGAGAAUCAGUGACCAAGUCUCCAUCAAGAUCUAACCACGAGCACGAGGGCACCAACAAACUCCACAUGUCACCAUCAUCACCGUUUACAGACCACACAACGAGCAAAGAGUGCUCAGAGGAUGAAGACGAGGAAAUUGAUGUCGAUGACUGACUUUCAUUGAACAGCAUCGGUAUUAUUUACCUUUUCCCCCUUGAGAUGGUCCACUGAAACCAUAGAGUUGAAAGUGCCAUUAAUGCACCAAAUGUAUUAAAUGACUUGUAUUAAAAGCAAAUAUAAAAAGGAAAAAAAGAAAAAAAAAUCAAAGCAAGCAUGGGACAGUUUCUUCAGAUCUAUUUAUGCAGUGGCAGUAUUGUAAUCUUUUAGCCUAUUCGUUUAUAGCUGAAGAGCAAUAAGUACCUUGAUAAUAUUUCAGUCAGAUAUAAACACACGCGCGCGCACUGAAAGCACGAUUGUCCACGCAGAACUUUUUUUUUACCCUGUUCUGAGUAAGUUGAAUGCAUGUUUUAUUUUGUUUCACGAAAUUAUUUUAGUUAAAAAUGGCUGCAGAUCUGAUAUAGAUAUCUCAAAAUAUCCGAAUCUUAACUCACACGCGCAGCCCCCCUGCGUGUCCCUAUUAUGCCUUUUGGCCUAUGACGAAAUCGUUUGAUAAAAGAGUGUAUUAUAGAACAUUUCCUACAAAAGUUAUCACAGGAAAAAGAUCGACUCCUCUGAUUAAAUCUGGAUUGUCACAUUUUAAUAUAUUUCUUAUGGUUUGUAUGCCUGUAAGUGCCUUUUUAAGCCAGGAAACCAUUUAAACCAAGUGUACAAAGUGUAAUGUAUUUAAAAUGAAAUAAAAUGUCUUUCUCUAAAAUUUUGACGUUAGUCUGAUAGUUUUAUUUAUCGUUUUGGAAAUAAGCAAUCGAGGUAAUAUAAACAAAACAUAGCUUGUGUAAAAGUGAUUUUUUUUUCUGCAGUGUUUUGUUUAUCUUGUAGCCUACUUUUAUUUCCUGCACCAACACUCUUUAAAAAUGCAUUGAAUGUGUUUUAGAUUUAACAUUUUACGCUUUUGAUUUUCAAAAUGGCAUAACAUGUUUUCCUGUCCCCACGAUGUGUUUCAAUAUUCACAAUGGAUGUGUGUGAGAAACAGAAAUCUGGAUUGAUGAAUGCGCGCAUAAAGGAUGCCCAAAAACGCAGGGUUUUUGGCCCGUUUCUCUGCGGUUGAAAGACGCUAUUUCCUUGCAAAGCGAAGAGAGGCAGUCAAUUCUAGCGUAAGGCGUGAAAACUGGGGACAAAUGAGCAGUCUCCCCUGAUGUGACAAGCUACAAUGAAGCAUGCUCUGCCUCCCGCGGCUCUCAAUACGGAGACAAGCGUGUCCCACCGAACAAAAAGGACACAAACGUUUGGAGGCCAUAUGGUUUUUGAAUUUUCCUCACAAUUUUCAGACAAUUUGAUGGAUUGAGCAGGCCUUCUUUUUAAAGUGUUUCGCUCAGUUUUCACAAAGGCAAUAAUGCGCACAGGGGCGAGGGCAUCUGGGCCUAUUAAUGUCCCCUCUAUUCUCUCUUUUCACUCGGCUGUUUUAAACAAGUCUAUGAAUUACAAUGAUACUGACUCGUCUUGUUAAGAGGUUGUCGUCUGCCUUUGUUUGUUUGAGUGUUUGGCUUAAAAUAAUAAAGUUACCAUUUUGGCUACACGUAAAAGCAGAACAUAUGGCUGGAGUGAUACUAUUUCUGAAAUUAGAUUUAAAAAAAAAAUCAACACGCGGUUCGAUCGGCUUCUUCUACUUCCUUUUUUUGGCAGUUUCAUUUGGGAAUUUUUG